AUGUCCGCCCCCCUCCAACCCCAAUCUCAAUCCAGCACUCAAGACCCAACACAACCUCCCUCCCAAGCGCAAGGCCUCACUGCCAAACCGGGAGUCGGUACCGCCACUGGUCCAGUAGCAGGAGCUAAGCCAGGAGCAGGAUUCAAUUCUACGGCUGCUGGGCCGGAGGGAGCUGCGGGGGAUGAGAGCGAGUCGACGAGCUAUGGAAUUGAGAGUACGAAUUUGAAGGUUGCUGCUGGGGUGGAGUUGAGUCCCAGGCAGAGGGUUCUUGUGGGUGGGGUUUUGGAUCUGUUCAAGGGAUUACCAACACACAAGAAGAUGUCUCUCUGGACCGACACCGCCACAUUCGCCGACCCCCUCACCAAAGCCCAAGGCAGGAAACAAUACGAAGCGCAAUGGUGGGGCCUCAAAGCCGCCUUCUCCGAGAUCGAGCAACAGCACCACUCCAUCACCUCCUCCGGCAACCCCAUCACCAUGGAUCUUAAGACCAGAUACAAAGUCAAGGGUAUUGGAGCUGAGAAGGUCAUUGAGAGUGUGAUUAAGAUUCAUACUGAUGAGAAGGGGGAGAGGAUCACGGGUGUGGAGGAUAGGUGGAAUGGGAGUAUUCCUGAGGGGGCGAUUGCUACUGCAUUUCGCAAUCUCAACAGCGUCGUUGUCCCAGCCUUCGUCAGCCUGCCGAAGGAUGAUGCGGAGAAUAAGUAA